CUUUUGUAAAGUAAACAAAACGCUACUUGCUGAGUCACUAGUAUGCUAAAAAAGUCUGAAACUCAGUUCCUCCACCUCAGCUGAUACGGAUCCACGCACACUCGUUUGUCACUUUCUUCAGGUUCCGACUACAUAUGUAUGGCCAGAAUCUUAGGGGAUAUUCGUUGCCGUUCUCUGUAACGUGUGAAUCGUGAUCAGCUUAUUGAUGGCGUCGCAGAGGAAAUUGGUCAGUAAUACCCUCGGAUCGCUACAGUCCAAAUGGGGGUGGAUCGAAACUCAACGGGCUUUUGCGGCGGCUUCUGCAACGUCUCCGCCCGAACUUCCGCCGUUUGACCACCGCCCGAGGCCGUACAAGGGACCUCUGGCGGAUGAGGUUCUCGAGAAGAGGAAGAAGUACUUGGGUCCCUCGCUCUUCCACUACUACCAAAAGCCCCUGAACAUUGUUGAAGGCAAGAUGCAGUAUUUGUUUGAUGAGAAUGGAAGGCGGUAUCUAGAUGCUUUUGCUGGAAUAGUUACUGUAUCUUGUGGGCAUUGCCAUCCAGACAUCUUAGAUGCAAUUAUGGAGCAGAACAAGCUUCUCCAACAUGCUACUACUAUAUACCUGCACCAUGCAAUAGGUGAUUUCGCAGAGGCAUUAGCUGCAAAAAUGCCUGGAAACCUAAAGGUUGUAUAUUUUGUAAAUUCAGGGACCGAAGCGAAUGAAUUGGCAAUGCUGAUGGCACGAUUAUAUAGUGGUAGCCUGAGUAUGAUUGCCUUAAGGAAUGCAUAUCAUGGUGGAAGCUCUAACACAAUUGGGCUAAAUGCACUCAACACAUGGAAGUACCCUAUUCCACAGGGUGAAAUCCAUCAUGUUCUGAAUCCUAACCCAUACCGUGGAGCAUUUGGAUCUGAUGCUCAGCGUUAUGCUGAAGAUGUUCAAGAUCACAUUGAUCAUGGUACUUCAGGAAAAGUUGCUGGUUUCAUUGCUGAAACUAUUCAGGGAGUUGGAGGAGCAGUUGAAUUAGCUCCUGGAUAUUUGAAGUUGGUCUACGAUAUUGUGCGCAAGGCUGGAGGUGUGUGUAUUGCUGACGAAGUACAAACUGGCUUUGGUCGUACAGGAAGCCACUAUUGGGGUUUCCAGACACAAGGCGUUGUUCCUGAUAUUGUUACCAUGGCAAAGGGAAUUGGCAAUGGCUUACCGCUCGGGGCUGUUGUAACCACACCAGAAAUAGCCAGCGUAAUGUCUCAAAAAAUUCAGUUUAAUACUUUCGGUGGCAACCCUGUAUGUUCUGCCGGUGGACAUGCAGUGCUUAAUGUCAUUGACAAGGAAGAACGUCAAAAGCAUUGCGCUAAAGUUGGCACACAUUUGAUUGGGAGGCUCCGAGAGUUGCAACAAGUACAUGACAUAAUUGGAGAUGUGAGAGGCAGGGGCUUGAUGGCGGGAGUUGAACUAGUUACCGAUAGGAAUACAAAGACACCGGCCAAAGCAGAAACUGGAGUUCUGUUUGAGAAGCUUAGAGAGCUUGGUGUUCUGGUUGGAAAAGGAGGUCUGCACGGAAAUGUUUUCAGAAUAAAACCUCCAAUGUGCUUCACCAAAGAUGAUGCAGAUUUCCUUGUUGACGCACUGGACUAUGCCAUAUCAAAAUUGUGAGAACAAUUCAGAUUUGCUCCAGUGCCAGGUGGAUUGGAGCUUCAAGUGUCAUUACCGACUGGAAGCAAAAUUAGCAUACCGCAUGGUACAUGCUAUGUUUCGUAAAAGGCAACGGUUCAGGGUUCAAAAUCAUUUCUUCAUUGUUGCUUCAUUAUUACUUGUUAACAUUGUUCUAAAACAAAUUCCAAUUUUCUGAACGGGAAAAAAUAAAUGGUAUCCGCCCUUUCUGUAUAGAUGGAGUUAAGCUUAAUCUCACCCCCCACACACAGACACACCCAUACACAAUGCUCCAAUUUAAU